AGCUUUCAAAAUUUAAGCUUUAGUUGCAAAUCUGCAAAUUCAUUUGAAAUUUAAAUAUUAUGCGUACAUGAGUGAAUGACUAUGUGAACUACUUCAUGUCUGUCUUUGUCUGGGAAAUAUAUAUUAAACAUUGCUAGCUCCGGACAUGAGAAAAUUGACAACUAAUGCACUAUGAAAACCAGUCAGGCCACCCAAAUAGGUAGGGUAUUUUUUGAGGUUUGCAUGGGUGUGCAAGGUAAAGUUUGAGUUGUGCAAAAAAAUCAAGAUAUAAAACAGGCCUUCUCUCAAGAGUGAUUGUUUUUAAUUUUUAUGGCAUGCAAACAUAAAAAAUACCAUCUGAAAGUGCAGUUCAAGUCGAAAUUAAUUGCUAAACACACUAAUUAAGAGGAUUCUUCCAGGUUCAAGAUAAUGAUGGGCAUAGGAAAUGAAUUAGUUGAACCACAGUUAACAUCAGACCAAACUUUGACUGGUGAAAUGCUUAACAGAAUAUUUACUCAAAGAACCAUUUGGCUGCUUCCAUGUGUGCCUUUAACAACUUAUGAUGAUGAUGAUGAUGAUGAUGAUGAUGAUGAUGAUGAUGAGGUAUUGUACUUAUUCCCAGCUACUAAGAUUAAAUUAUUUUUAAGUUUGUUUUAUGCAAUUAUUUCUGAGUAUGGGUACUAAUAGGAAUAUAAAAUGCUUAUCAAAGAUGACUACAAUGUGUAACUAUUAUGUAACUUAUCAUUGAUAGCCAAACUUGUUUGGUGUGAUAGGGUUAAAAUUGCUAUAAUUAUAGUGUAUGCAAUGCAGAACUGAAAAAGUAGAGGCAAUUAAAGUUGCAAAACUGAAAUUGUAUGUGACAAAAAGGCCUUUUUAUUUUGUUGACAUGUAUCUACAAAAGGAAGAAACAGAGGUGACUGAAGUUGAUGAACCAAUUUAUCAUGAUUAUAAAUUAGGUGACAUACGAAAGUACACUGAAGAAUCUGAAGGGACAUCUUCAGAUACAAUAAGGACACAACACCAAGCAGAUUCACUUGAACCACUGAUGCCACCUGCUCCUACACUUGCGAAUCAACAACAUGGUGAAUGUAUCCCAGUGUCUUCUGUUGUGGAAGUGAAUUCUUUGAAGGAAAUGUUUCCAACUAUUAGCACUGAGAGCAUUACACAAGCUCUGCACAAAAAUAAUGGAGAUAUUCAGAAAGUUGUUAACAUUCUCCUUCGAGAUAAUGAUACAGCUGAUGAUGGAGAAAGUUCCAGUGACGAUUUCUUGGAAAAAUGUGCGUGGGAUACACCAUUAGAAGAAAAUUUUGCAAAAACAGCACUGCAAAAGUUUGUGGAAGAAGGUUUACAAACAUUCCAUGUGGAUAUGGAUGUGCAUGUGAAAAGAGACACUGACAUUCUUACUCAAAUGAUCAGAAAGUACAAGAAUCCAGCAUUCGACAUAAGAAAACCUCUCAAUGUCGAGUUUCAAGAUCAAUUUGGAGUAGAUAGUGGAGGGCCUACUAGAGAGUUAUUCUCCCUGUUGAUGAAGAGACUGGCUAAGUACCACUCCGAUGGUUUAAAUCUAUUUGAAGGCUUGCAAGGACAUUUAUUGCCCCGACAUGACUAUGAUCUGCUGUCAGGGGGUGUAUUUUUUUUAUUGGGAAAGAUGAUACUUCAUUCAGUAUUGAAUGGUUGCUGUGGUGUUGCAGGUUUAUCUCCUGCGGUUAUUGCAUACCUUUGUACAGGUAGACGUGAUGCUGCUGUUCAAUACCUCACACUCGAGGAUUUUCCAGAUCCUGUUGUGAAAAAUAACUUUGAAGAGCUCUUGUCUUGUAACAGUAGCAAAUUGGCAGAGUUCACCCUUCCAGACUCCCCAGUUUGUAUAAAUGAAGAACUUCAAGCAGCUGGCUAUUUGCACUUGGAAGUGAAUGAACAGCAAAGACAUUUGGCUUAUGAAUGUUGCCUGACUCACGAGGUCAUAACAAAGAGAGUACCUGCAUUGGAUGAUAUCAGAAAGGGGCUUAGAGAAAUUAAUGUGGCAGGCACAAAUCUGCUGUGUCUUCUAGAAAGAUACCCAGAAUUACAGAGACGGGUUUUUCCUACAUAUUCAAAUGAUGUAUCUGCCCAUGAGCUCAAAAUGCAUUUACAGUUCUGUGAUCCAACUGAUGAGAAAUGUGUUCAGGCACGGAUGUGGUUUGAGCAAUACAUUGAUGAACUGGAUGAAAAAGAAAGAGCCAGUGACCAGGAGACUCUAAGCGAUUUGGUGCAAUUCUGGACAAGUUCCCCUGCAUUACCAUCGGCAGCUUCACAAAAGUUAACAGUGGCCUACCAACCAGAUUGUACCACCAAAUUGUUACCUGAAGCAAAUACUUGCCCUAUGGUCUUAUCAAUCCCAGUGGUUCAUUCCAGCUACGAAAGUUUUAAAAAAUUUAUUGACAAGGCAGUGUCAUUUGCAAAAGUAGGUUUUGGGAAAAUGUAAUCAAAUAGUUUGGAUGUUGUUGAUGUUUAUGGGGUUGCUUUAAAAUUUAUUUUGCAUAUCAAGUUUUGAUGUGUUACAUAAAAAUUUACUGGAAGUUGAUGUUUGUUUGGGUUUUAGAAAUUGUGAUCAGCAGCACUGGCAGUAAUUUGGAUGCUAAUUGUUAUUUUUUGUGUGAUAUUUAUAUUGCAAACAAAAAGAAUGUUGACUUUUAAUUGCUGCAUAAAGUAUUAAACAAUUAAGACAAUUACUAAGAGUGUAA